AUGGACCCGAUUAUCUUCACCCCGCGGUUGAAACUUACCCUCGUUACAAAGGCGGAAAGAGGAAGUCCGGAACUCGAAUGGCUUCAUGAACUGCGCAGCAGUAAAGAGGCCACGUGGUGGAGCAUUCACGGCCAGUCGAAAUCCAUCGAGGACACAGAGAGCAACAUGAAACACUAUCUGCCAGCCGGCGGAGAAGAAAAUUCAUACAGAGUCGUCUAUGUUGUGCACAAAAUCCUUGAGCCGUUAGACUCUGCUGCCGAAAACCAGGCACACAUUAAAGACCAAAGGGAAAAACCGACAGAAGUGGCUGGCCUGGUGAUUUUGAAAUCUUUGGAUGCGGGCAACCUUGCGAUACCAGAAGAAUUGACCGUACCGGCUGCGGCGGCGAGUACAACGCUGACGACUGAACUGGGGUACUCAUUUUUGCCAACCGGAUGGGGCAAAGGGUAUGCGACCGAGUCAUUAAAGGCAGUGCUCGAGUCUUGCAAGAGGGCGCAAUCCUUUUGGGCGCCUUUCUCGAAGGUCUACGUUAGAGCGAUUGUGAACGAAGAGAACCCGGCGAGUCUGCGAGUGAUGGAGAAGGCUGGAGUGCCAAAAAAGGGUGUUUAUGUGGCUGAGGGAGAACCUAUUUUCCUUGCUGGAAAAUGGCGAGGCAUGGCUAAUCUUCAUAUUUAUGGCAUGUAUCUGAUUGAGUGA